AUGUCUUUUUCGAACAUUCUCUCCAACGCUGAACCAUCGAAACCUCGCGAACCGUCACCUCUACCUGCACGCCCCGUGGAGAACGAGCCCAAGCCCAAGAUCGAGCCCGAUACUGAAACGCACACGGAUCGAGACGUCAUGGAAGAUGACGAGACAGAACCCGAGCGUCGCGAGAGUGUUAUCCCCAAAAAGAGAGCAAGGAAGUCAACCAAAGGCAGGGCUUCCGACAUUCGCGAUGAGGCUGCCAAAGGUAGACGAUCUUCGGCCAAGAGAGAGUCACCCGCUCCUCCUAGUUCCCGCCCCCCGGUACCUAAGCGACAGGCCAAUGGGCAGCCAAAACCAGAGAAGACGUGGUCGACCGAGAUGGAACGCCGUAUAGGACAGGCCGAACGCGGUAUCGACUCUGCAGACAAGACGCUUGUACCUGAAGAUGUCGACGUUGCGGCAUACAAAGUCCGCGCCUCCAAGCGCCGGAAACUCAUGGAAAGCUUCGAGGCUGACCAGGGCGUACUCCGCCGCAACGACUUUGCUGUCACAGCUGGCAAGAAGCUUGCACGCCAUGCCGAGCUCGGCAAGCGUCGAUAUGACGAGGUCUUCUACGAGUCUGCACUCAACGAGGUGCGCGAGCAGGAACUGUUCGCCGAGAAGGAGCGCAAGAAGGAUAUGCAACGCAAGCGCCGUCGUGAAAAGUCCAUGGCUGUUACCCUCGAGCUCAAAGAGGCGGCGUUGGCUCGCGCAAACGCCGCUGAAGAUGAGGAAGAGCGUCGGAAGCAUCUGCGCGACGCUGAACGCGCAAACAAGAAGGCCCAACAAACAGAACACAUCCUCCGCAAGGGCAUCAAGGGCCCUGCCCGCAACAUGGAGAUUGGCAUGGACGGCGGAGCCAUGUCGUCGUUUGGCGCCUCUGACGCCGAGACAAGCACGCCCAAGAACAAAGCUUCCAAGUCUACCAAGAGUGGUAACCGGCCAAAGAAGUCUAAGGAGCAGAAGCAGGCCGAGAAAGACUCCGCGGAAGCGGCGCAGGCUGCCAUCGAUGCUGGCGAGGAGUUGCCCGCUCGUGACGAGUCCAAGGUCCGCCUCAAGAUCACCAACAAAGGCAAGAAGGGCAAAGAUAAGGACAAGAUUAAGGACGAGUCCAAGGAAAACGUGGAUGGCGAGCCUGAGGCGCAGGAUAAGGAAGACGCGAAGGAGAAGGUCGAGGACGUGCCUGAUCUCGAGAAGAAGUUCAUCUCGAAAGGCUACAACCAGAUCUAUGACCAGAUCCUCCGCGAUAUCGCCCGUAAAGACGUCAACAAGACAUAUCGCAUGGCGUCCGACUCAUGUGCAACCAAGGCUAGUAACCUGAAGAAGACGGCCGUUCUCGCGUCAAAGGAAGCCAAGCGUUGGCAGCUCCGAACAAACAAAGGCACGAAAGACCUGCAAGCUCGUGCCAAGCGUGUCAUGCGCGAUAUGAUGGGCUUCUGGAAACGCAACGAGCGCGAGGAGCGCGACUUGCGCAAGGCAGCCGAGAAACAGGAGCUUGAAAACGCACGCAAGGAAGAGGCAGAUCGCGAAGCCGCUCGCCAGAAGAGGAAGCUCAACUUCUUGAUCUCGCAGACUGAGCUGUACUCGCAUUUCAUUGGCAAAAAGAUCAAGACGGACGAGGUCGAGCGCAGUACCGAUAACCCCGAGAUUGCACCCGCUGCGAACCAGCAGAACUCAUCUAUGGUCAAUGUCAAGGAGCCUACUGGUCCGCUGACCGGCAAGGUGACUGGGUUUGAGAACCUUGACUUUGACGAUGAGGAUGAGUCGAAUCUACAAGCAGCUGCCAUGGCCAAUGCGCAACAUGCUAUUGCCGAGGCUCAGAAAAAAGCUCGCGAUUUCGACAACCAGGGUCUUGAUAUGGACGAAGAGGGUGAGAUGAACUUCCAGAACCCGACGGGUCUCGGCGACAUGGAGAUUGAGCAGCCGAAGCUGCUGGACUGUCAGCUCAAGGAGUACCAGCUCAAGGGUCUCAACUGGCUGGUCAACUUGUACGAGCAGGGCAUCAACGGUAUUCUAGCCGACGAGAUGGGUCUCGGCAAAACCGUGCAGUCCAUCUCUGUCAUGGCCUAUCUUGCCGAGAAGCACGACAUCUGGGGGCCUUUCCUGGUUGUCGCGCCAGCGUCCACCCUUCAUAACUGGCAGCAAGAGAUUGCCAAGUUCGUUCCCGAGUUCAAGAUCCUGCCGUACUGGGGCACUGGUGGCGACCGAAAGAUUCUGCGCAAGUUCUGGGACCGCAGGCACGGUACCUACCGUAAGGACGCUGCGUUCCACGUUUGCGUCACAUCUUACCAGCUCGUCGUGUCGGAUGUGGCCUACUUCCAGAAGAUGAAGUGGCAGUACAUGAUUCUCGACGAAGCACAAGCAAUCAAGAGCUCCCAGAGUUCUCGAUGGAAGAGCUUGCUCGGUUUCCAUUGCCGUAACCGUCUUCUCUUAACGGGUACGCCCAUCCAGAACAACAUGCAAGAACUAUGGGCUUUGCUGCAUUUCAUCAUGCCCUCCCUGUUUGACUCUCACGAUGAGUUCAGCGAAUGGUUCUCCAAGGAUAUCGAGUCACACGCGCAGAGCAACACCAAGCUCAACGAAGAUCAGCUCAAGCGUCUGCACAUGAUUCUCAAGCCAUUCAUGUUGCGACGUGUGAAGAAGCACGUGCAGAAGGAGCUGGGCGACAAGAUCGAGGAGGAUGUGUACUGCCAGCUGACGUACCGUCAACGUGCGUACUACAGUAACCUGCGGAACCAGAUCAACAUCAUGGACCUCGUUGAGAAGGCCACAAUGGGUGAUGACCAGGACUCGGGUACGCUCAUGAACCUCGUCAUGCAGUUCCGAAAAGUGUGCAACCACCCGGAUCUGUUUGAGCGCGCCGAUGUCACCUCGCCUUUCUCGUUCGGUUACUUUGCCGAGACGGCCUCCUUUGUGCGAGAGGGCGACAAUGUGCCUGUCGGAUACUCCACUCGGAACUUGAUCGAGUACAACUUGCCUUCGCUCGUCUGGACUGAGGGCGGUCGUCUGGACAAGGCCGGCAAAGACAAUGAGAAGGCCGGCUGGCGAAACAAGGCCUUGUCGCACAUGAUGAACAUCUACUCGCCUGAACAUGUAAGGGAGAAUCAGGAUGGGUACAAGGGGUUCUCGUGGUUGCGAUUCGUCGACGCUGCUCCUUCGGACGUUUACAAGGCCACGCGCAACAGCCUGUUUGACCGCGCGGCUGACGAGCUGCAAAAGCCUCAACGACUGGGCCGCUUCCAGGUUGCCUAUGACGAGUCGGAGGAUGGCAAGUUUAUGCCGGCACACGCGUUGCUCAGGAUUCGGGACCAACAAGAGCGCCGACCGUUGGCGGACAUUACCCGUGAGGGUGUUCUCAGCAGCCUGAUGAAUGUUGCCAACCAAAACUACUUCGACUCCGGUUUAGGUAGACUGGAGGCUGCGGGUAAACCACGGGCCUCCGCACCACCCAUGGAGGUCUCAUGCAACAGCCGCGCCGCAGUGCUGGAACGUGAGAACACAUUCUUCAAUGUGCCGAUGCGCAAGGCAUUGUACGGACCUGCACUUUGGGAGGAAGAAGCCCUCGUGGAGAACAGGAUACCGCUCGAGCUGUACCCACCUCGCAAGAUGCUUCCCAGCCCAGAUGGUGAGAAGAAGAGGUUCACCAACAUUGGCGUGCCAUCGAUGCAGCGCUUCGUCACCGACAGUGGCAAGCUUGCGAAGCUGGACGAGCUUCUCUUCCAGCUCAAGGCUGGCGGUCAUCGUGUGCUACUCUACUUCCAAAUGACGCGCAUGAUCGAUAUGAUGGAGGAGUACCUGACAUAUCGCAACUACAAGUACUGCCGUCUCGAUGGCUCGACCAAGCUCGAGGAUCGCAGAGAUACGGUGCACGACUUCCAGACCCGGCCCGAGAUCUUCAUCUUCCUCCUGUCGACGCGUGCGGGUGGUCUGGGCAUCAACCUGACGUCUGCCGAUACCGUCAUCUUCUACGACUCUGAUUGGAACCCGACCAUUGACUCGCAAGCCAUGGACCGUGCUCAUCGUCUGGGUCAAACCAGGCAGGUCACCGUCUACCGUCUCAUCACCCGCGGAACGAUCGAGGAGCGCAUCCGCAAACGCGCCAUGCAAAAGGAAGAAGUGCAGCGUGUUGUCAUCCAGGGUGGCGGUGCCAGCGUGGACUUCUCUGGCCGUAGGGCGCCCGAGAACCGCAACCGCGACAUUGCCAUGUGGCUGGCGGACGAUGAGCAGGCGGAGAUGAUUGAGAGGCGCGAGAAGGAGCUGGCGGAGAGCGGCGAGCUCGAGAAGCAGCAGAAGAAGAAGGGCGGGCGCAAGAAGAAGGCUGACGCCCCUGCCAGCUUGGACGACAUGUAUCAUGAGGGCGAGGGUCACUUUGACGACGCUAGCAAGCAGCAGUCCGGCACCGCCACACCAGCCGAGAGCGACAACAAGGGAAAGAAAAAGAAGAGUACGACCAAGCGAGCCAAGACGGCAAAGCAGCGCCUUGCUAUUGCCGAUGGCAUGGUCGACAUCUAG